AUGCGGCUGAAUUCUGCUUCUUCGCCUUCUAGCACAUCUCUUGAAUCGUCUGCUGGCAACCAGGUCUUCGGGAGUAUGCAAGUUGACUCAUCGGAAUGCAAUCAUACUGACGAUAGAGCCGAUAGCGAGGAUGAACUCAGAAAGACACUAGCAACUGAUGAAGCACUUAGCAACGGUUACUUUAGGUCCUAUCCCCUGGCCUUCUCUUGGCAGGCUUUCCUAUAUGAAACCGCAGCUCAUCUCAUAAUUGCAAGAUAUGUUGCUGGCGAUGACAUGUUUUCACAAACCUCUGUAGCUGGAGGAAGUGGUCGGAUUGCUCGAAACUUCCGAAUACUGUUAUCCUCGGCUCUGGAACAAUUGCCCAAAUUUAUUGAUCGUCUCCUAGCUGAGUCAGAUCGUAAGAAGGUAGAAUCUAGGGCCAUUCGGGCCAAACUAAUUGUUGACCUGGCGACGUGA